AUGGAUCUUGAAGAGUGGGAAGUCCUCCCUGAUGAUGGGUUUCUUGAAAUCCAUGAUGAUGAUGGCAAGAAAAUUUUCUCAAGAAAAUAUCGGAAUGAUCGAAAAAGUGUUUUCCAGAUGAAUUACUUCAUAUGCCCAUCUCCAACAUCUCAACAUAUGAUUGAUUCACCUCAGAAAUCAAGAGUGCCAAUUCAACUUGUUCCUGUUCCAAUCCAAUUGGAACCAACCAUAGGAAAGACCCCGGAUCAUGAAGCAGUGAAAGAAAUCAUUAAGAUUCCGAUUGAUUUUAGCAUCGCGCCAUCACCGAUAACUGAGAAGAUCAAAGCUCACAAUAUAGGAGAUUUAGAAGCCGAUCAAGACCCAGUUUCACAAGUUUUCUUCAGGAAAACGAAGGAAACUGAAUUUGCCGACAUGAAAAUGGACUCACCCAAGUCCUGUAGUAGGGGGAUUAUUCCUCAAAUUGAUGCAGGUACCUUCAAGGAUAAGAGUGAUCAGGCCUGUAAAGCUGAGGCCUUCGAGAGUAAGAACAGUUCAUUAAAAAUCCAAGUUGAGGAAGAGAUGGUGACCAAGAAGAACAGCCACCUGGAUUCAGGUAUCCAAGAAGAGGUCAUUUGGGAAGAAAGUAAUGGAGGUCUGAACUUGUGGAAGUGGAGCCUAACUGGAGUUGGGGCCAUUUGCUCCUUUGGUGUUGCUGCUGCUACCCUUUGCAUUACCAUAUGGUGCCAAGAUGGCAUAUGGUACUUAACCGUUACUGAGCAGAAUAGCCAACUUUUUGGUACUAGACCAAUUUUCCAAAUCAAGAUAAGUGACUGCUCAACCAUUCAAACCAGAAAGGGUCGUUUUCUCCUACAGGUUAUGGCAACUAUUAGAACUGAACUAAUACCAUUUGUGGUUUUGCAGAGGAUCAAGCAAGUGGUUCAUCAUGCAACUAAGUUGAAUGAAGCAAUUUCAGCAGUGAGAGGAGUUCCCCUGGCCAGAGUUCAGAUCCCAGUUGGUGAUUACUAUGAUGGUCUUUAGAGCAAUGCCCUAGCAUUUGAUCCAGACCUUUGAUCAGCCAUAAGAAUCUUCAUAUAUAUGUGCUAUUCAGUACCACCAGAUCUGUAUAUGAUCCUUGGUAUCUACAUCUUGUACAUGGAUAUAUACUGAAUGCAUGUAUAGACUCUACAUGCUGGUUGUAUAUAGCAUCUAUACAUGGUUUCUAUAUAAUUUGAAC